GAUUGCUGGAGGUCUGAUCAGUGCAGCACCAUGGACUCGUCAGAGGAGACUGGAGGCUCCUCUGCAGAAGAAAACUAUUUUGUGAACUACACCUUCACCGACCGCUCCCACUCGGGCCGCGUGGCCCAGGGUAUUAUGAAAUUGUGCUUGGAGGAUGAGCUCUUUGCUGAUGUUACGAUCUCAGUGGAAGGCAAAGAAUUCCAGCUGCACCGUCUGGUCCUCUCGGCUCAGAGCUGUUUUUUCCGUUCCAUGUUCACGUCCAACCUCAAAGAGGCCCACAACCGGGUGAUUGAGCUGCAGGACGUUAGCGAGAGUGUCUUUCAGCUCCUUGUGGACUAUAUUUAUCACGGGACUGUGAAGCUGAGGGCGGAGGAGUUGCAGGAGACCUACGAAGUGGCAGACAUGUACCAGCUGACAGCGCUUUUUGAGGAGUGCUCCCGUUUUCUGGCCCGUACGGUGCAGGUCAGGAACUGUCUGCAGGUCAUGUGGUUGGCAGAUCAGCACAGUGAUGUGGAGCUCUACACAGCUGCCAAACACUGUGCAAAGUCACACUUGUCUCAGCUGCAAGACACCGAGGAGUUCCUGCACCUGCCUCUCCGCCUGCUGACAGACAUCCUUACGGAUGGCGUCCCGUGUUCUCAGAAUCCAACAGUCGCCAUAGAAACCUGGAUCAACUUCAACAAGGAGGAGCGGGCGGGCUUUUCGGAGACGCUGCGAUCGAGUCUCAAGGUACAAGAAGACCUGCUGCUGCAGGGCUGGU